GUAAAAUCUCCGGUCAAGCCUCCUAAAAUCAAGGUAACUGUCAUCUGAGAUUAUUAUACAUAGCACACAAUCUAAACCGUUUUAGUAUUAUUUACCCUUUUGAUAUACGAAUGCCUCCCUACCACAAACACUAAUAAUAUCUCUGAUCCAUCUUCGGAAAUGGAAAUAAGUUUCAGCUUUAAUGAAGCCCAUGCACCUGUUACAAUUAACGUUCCGGCUAAUGUUGGUUUUACAAUUAAUGUUAAACCUGUUGCCGGACACGUACCACCCGUUGGUGGAGGUGGUGGCGGAUUAAACGUUAAUGUUCUUCCUCCGGCUGGUGGAGGUGGUGGUGGCGUUGAACAAGUAGUAAAGGCUAAUCCUAAAGUUUUUUUUUAUUUGGCCGUGGACGGCAGACUGGCUGGUCGGAUCGUGAUUGAGCUCUUUGCAGAUACGACCCCGCGAACGGCAGAGAACUUCCGGGCCCUAUGUACCGGGGAGAAAGGGAUGGGGAAGCUUGGUAAGCCACUCCACUACAAGGGAUCAAUCUUCCACCGUCUUGUCCCCUAUCAAAUGUUCUGUGGAGGAGAUAUCACUGCUGGUAAUGGAAGUGGAGGCGAAUGCAUCUACGAAGAUAGAUUUUUCGAGGAUGAGAACUUCAUCAGGCAGCACACCGGUCCAGGUUUCAUCUCCAUGGAAAACCGUGGUCCAGACACCAACGAAUCUGGGUUCUUGAUCGGCCUGCAGGAGGACAGUUUACUUGGCCGCGAGACCGUCGCUUUCGGUCAAGUUGUUCAAGGAUUGACUCUGCUCAAUGCCUUAAGUAGAGAGCUUGGAAAUCGUAACAACAAGCCUUCCAAGCCCCUGGUGAUCGCUGACUGCGGUCAAAUCUCAUAGAUCUUGGUGAGUUUUAUCCUAUAACAACUAUUCAUGUUUGAUCAGGUGUGUUUCGUUUUGAGUUUGGGUGUUUCCAUCGAGUGUAGACCAUUGAAUAAAUAAUCUAGCUACCAUUGAAUGAUGAUAAUCAUAAAUAAUAGAUUGGUUAAAGAAUCAGGUUAGCUUCGAGAA